GUGUAGUGGUCCCCAAAUUGGUUUUGAGGUCUGUAUGUCCUUCUGUGCUGGGGAAACACAGAUUCAUGCUCUGGGAUGCACAGCUCUAUGCAAUUGAUGAUGAUUGCCUUUCUGUUCCAUUUUUGUCGUCACAGGGAAAGUCUUGCAUGAGGAACAUAUUGAGCUCUUGAUGGAGGAGUUUGCGUUCCUGAAAAAAGAAGUGGUGGGGAAAGACCUGCUGAAAGGAUCUCUUCUCUUCACAGCUGGCCCAUUGGAAGAAGAGCGGUUUGGUUUCCCUGCUUUCAGCGGCAUUUCUCGCCUGACCUGGCUCGUCUCUCUCUUCGGGGAACUUUCUCUCGUGUCUGCCACUUUGGAAGAGCGAAAGGACGAUCAGUACCUGAAAAUGACUGUGUGCUUGGAGACAGCGAACAAACGGUAGGUUGUGGUAAACCGUGAAGAGAAGGAAACUUAAGGACAUUCUCCUGUGU